CUAUUCAUCUCAUGAUGAGAAUUAAAUAUGGCAAAUUUCAUUUCGAAAUCAUUAAUUGCCAAUGGUAAGAUUAUCGAUAACCUAUAAUACACACGAAUGACAUCAUCAAUCAGAAAGACAGAAUAUUCAGACCUAGUACUAUUCUAUAUGCCUCGUAUAUUCUGUACCCAAGGGUUCGGGGAUCGAGUCUCAUAAUUAAAUCUGCGAAUGGAAUUGAGCAUAACCGUACAGUUUUAACCGCUUCGACUACCUAAACACAAAAGAAAUAGUCAGCGAACUCGUUAAGACCCACGAUACGAUACGAUAAGCUUCUACGUAAAUAGACUAUUUAACAUAUAGAACAGCAGUUCACGUUUAAUAUGUUAUACAACAUAAGAUACAUUAUAGAUAUUACUAUAGAUCUUAUGUGCUCUACUGUGGGUAAAUAGUAUAUAGGAGGUGUGGCGAUAGCACACGGGACAGCUAUUGGCUUCCUAUUGGCGGGGUGUUCAGAUCAAAUGAAAGUCAAUUCCCUAUAUAAAGGGUGGUUUUACUUCAAUGCAUCAGACCAAGUGUAAUUUAGCAGUCAGAUCUCGUACUCAAAGUAUUGGAAACGCAGCCGUCAUGAGGGUCCUGAUCUGCGUCCUGCUGAUCUCACUGGUAUUUGCCGAGGAAGAGAAGAUUGUAAAGAAGCGUGGUGUGUUUGGUUUGGGCUAUGGUGGCUACGGGGGCUGGGGGGGCCAUGGUGGAGGCUACGAAGGUAGUCAUGGAAGCAUCCACACGAUAGCGAUCCAAAAAACUGUCGCUGUUCCAGUGCCACAUCCGGUUCCAUACCCUGUUGACAGACCCGUUCACGUUCCAGUGAAGGUACCAGUUGUAGUUCCCCACGCAGUCCCAAUUGCUGUUCCAGUUCCCCAACCCUACCCCGUGGUCAAGACCCAAACUGUCCAUGUUCCCGUUGACAGACCAUACCCUGUCAAUGUACCCGUAAAGGUACCCGUACCUGUGCCAGCCCCCUACCCUGUCAAGGUCCCUGCUCCACACCCAGUUCCAGUACCGGUUCCUCACCCAGUCCCCGUCGCAGUUCCACACCCGGUUGUCGUUAGGGAACCGUACCCCGUUCUUGUUCACAGCCAUAGCCACGGACACGGAUACGGACAUGGAUUUUAGAAAAACCAUGAAGCAUCGUAGAAAAGAAAAAAAAUCAUCCAAUCGGAGCAUCGCUAUCAUCGUGAAGCAAACCAACCAAAAUAUGUUUCUUAUCAUAGUAUCUAAAAAUCAUGAAAUAAAUCAGUUUUGUAACGUUUUGUAAAAAAA